AUGUCUGAAACAAAGCAAGAAAGUGACAAGCCGCUAUCGCUUCAAUCGGCGCCUGCCAGUAAGGUCGCGCCUUCUGUAACACUCCAGCCGCCGUUAUCGAGGGCGGGCAAGGGUCCAGGAUUGAUUAUAUUGAUUGAUCAAGACUCCGCGGUGAAGGCUUCGACAGAGAGCAUUGAUCCGCCGCCAUUACAGAAGUGGGCAGAGGAGAGCUUCCUUGUUGGGCGGAUUGAUAUGAGGGAAUUUAGCAAGAGCUUUGAGGAGACCCUGACCGAUACCCUGUCGUUUAUCAAAGAUCAUACUGCUUUUGAUGGGAGUCAGAAGUUUGGAUUGAUUUCUUACCUAUCUUCAUCACACACCGACAUUGUCGGCGCGCUGGAAGUGUCCAAAGACAUAGCUUCGAUAGUCGUCUUUGGCUCAACAGAGCUAGAAACCACCAAACCAACACUCUAUCACAGACCCGGAAACCCACCAAUUCCCAUCAGUAAGGAUGCAUCCAAGAAGAACAAGACGUAUUACUACCCAAACGUUGAGCCCUCGUUUGUACUUCCUGCACACGAGGACUUCAACGCUUCUUCGGCAUCCGUCUCACAUACACGUACCCUCAGCUUCCUCAAACCAAUCCUAGGAGGCCCAUACUUUGAUCUUGAGGAAAUCUGGGAAGAACAUUGUUUAUAUGAGUUCGGCGAGAGAGCUGUCGACAAAACCAUGUCUACUAUGGUUCAAGAGCCUUAUGUCAAUCAUAUACCUACGUUGACUGGAGGCAUUGGGAGAGUAAAGUUGACUGAAUUUUACCGUGAUCACUUUGUGUUCAACAAUCCGCAAGAUACGUCGUUGGAACUGGUGUCGAGAACUGUGGGCAUCGAUCGGGUUAUUGACGAGUUCAUCUUCAGCUUUACUCAUGAUAGGGAGAUUGACUGGCUACUACCCGGUAUACCGCCAACAGCCAAAAAGUGCCGUCUGCCGUUCACGAGCAUUGUCAAUGUUCGAGGCGACAGACUGUAUCAUGAACACAUCGCGUGGGAUCAAGCUACUGCUCUUGUACAGCUGGGAUUGCUGCCUGAGUAUCUCCCAUUCACAUAUCCGAUUGAGGGUAGGACUGCAGCUCCGGGAAAACACUUCGAGUACAAGGUACCAGCGGCCGGGGUCGAGACUGCCGAAAAGCUGGUCGAUGAGUCUUCUGUAGAGUCAAACCAGAUGUUCAAGUUCGCUAUACGCGAAGCUGAUGACUGA